AUGUUUCUCACUGACCUCCCGAACGAAAUCAUUGCUCUACUACCACAACACAUCGACAACAUCGAAACAUUCACUAACGCAUCAUCAUCAUGCCGACUCCUUCGCGACAACUUCUCCAAAACAGAUCCCCGCACCAUCCUCCGUCUAGCAGCGAACUCAGCACCAGUCUUCUUCUCGCCACAUCCACACUUUCUAACGGCCAUUACAGCCCGCAAGGCAAGUGCCUGGGCGCUGGGGAAUGAGUCGCGCACAGAACUCCUCAGGGAAGCAUUCCAGGGCGGUAUCGAGGGACUAUACUCGUUCUGUCUCGAACACUCCAGUCUGAGCAUGGAGGAUAUUCGACGCACGCACCUCGCCCGGUUCGAGAUAAUCAAUGUAUUUUCUGAUCGCAUUGAUAAAAUGGCCGGCGAGCAGUGGAUGGACACGCCGGAUUUCUGGAACGGCGGUGUCAGCUCGGCGUACACGCUCUACACGGAUGCUGAACGGGCUGCGUUCCAGAUCAUUAUUUAUGGAGAACUAUUCGCCGCCAGCAUGGAUGCCUUUCUGGAUUCGGAGAAGAAUCUGCCGUGGUUCGACAUCGGUAUCCGACUUGACUAUUGCAAGUACUGCAUUCCAGACCUGUCGUGCGAUUCUUACGAGGCCCGAAACGGGUCCCCGGGACUGGAAGUGCAACCUACAGGCCCGUAUUCCUUCCGCAAGGAUAAAAAGAAGAAGUCCCCUCCAAUGGAUCUCCAGCUGGACCAGGUGUCUAUGCGCCAUAUUACAGGCUGUGGGCGCUGGCGGCGGAUGUGGGGAUCUGCGAUCCGGGACAUUCUGUCCAAGGCCGAAGGGGAGGGGGAAGAAUUCACAGAGCAGGACGAAGAAGAGGAGCACUGGAAGAAGAAGUUGCUUAGGAGGGCGUUGCAGACGCAGGGUCUGGAGGGGAUGCAACUUGUUACGGCGUCGCCGGGGAAGGUGGCGCCGGAGUGGGUGGAAAGGGCGCUGAAGAUGAAGGGUCAGAUUGAUAAGUUGGAGAAACCGCCUCCCACGCAGAGGUUGGGCAAUUGGGCUCAGUAUCUUGUUUUCUUUGCGCCGGAUCUUACGAAGGAGGUUAGGGUUACGAUCGCGACGUAUUCGGGGUAUGGGUGGGAUGAGGAUUUGGUUCCGUGA